AGGAGGAAGGAGGCUCGGAAAGAUCGAGUGGAUUGCUCAAGGUGACACAGCAAGCAAAAGGCAGUGCUUGGCUCAGAGCGCGAGUAUUUCUGACAGUUGACCUCCUUCUGGCCCUGCAUUCCUGAUUUCAUGGAGAUUUCCGAGCCUGUGGUUAAACUCGGGAGAGAGGGUUUGACUCCAGAGCCACAGGGCUCCGAAUGAGCAUCUCGUGAGAGGCUGAGCUGGAGUCUCCUCCACGGAGAAGGACAAGCGUGGCCUCUUGACACCACACUGGUGAGAGGCGAAUUAAAGCAGCUCAUUUUCAGAUGAAGCCAAGUGGACAAAAGCACCAGAGAACUCCAGCAUGAGGAGGACACAGCCUGGUUUCUGCUGGUGCUCAGAACUCGUUAAAUCCUGAGGUUGGUGUAUCUGGAGCCUGUAGAGAAAGGGCAAGGUGAAGGAAUGCAUCCCUGCUCCACCCAGGCACUUGGCCCAGCUACCAGCUUGAUCCGGGCUUCCAGCUAACGAUGCCCAGCAGGGAAGGAGACUCGGUCUGAAAGAUGCUGCAUUCCUGCCAGCCUCUCUGGGUCCAGCAGAACACAAUCUCCUUCACGGUGAUGUGGAUGAGGGGGUGACAGAGGACGCUGCCCACAUCUGAAGUCUCCGGAGGGUCCAGGCCAGGCAGGUGAGACCCAGGUCUGGGACUUCAGGUGCAGCUUGGUGUAGAGCUCAUGAAAGGUGCAUGAAUUUCUCCAGCUUUCUUCACCAACAUUCAUCAGACUUGUUUGGGCUUCAGAAUCUGAGAGGAGCUGGUAGAAAGUAAAGCUGGCAGAGGUACAGAGAAGUCCCUACAAGCCCCUCAAAUCCACUGUUGGGAUCCCUUCGUACUGCUUGGGACCUGGAGGGCAGCUCCCAGGCUGCCAGAGGCUGCGACACCACUAGACUUUGGACCAUCUAAAGGAAAGGAACACAGCUCAGCAACGGCUCCACAUUUGAGCCAGAAGGAACCUCUUAUAACAAAGGAUUUAAAGGGGAGAGUUUCUGAAUCUUUACUUUGUGGUCCAUCAUGAGAGAAAACUUUCCAUUCACAUAGAUAAUGGGACUGGGUUUUCUUUCCAAGAUACUGUAUUUGAAAGAAUCAUGAGCCAUUCUAAGCUUCCAGGGAGGCUCAGGGUACAUAGGAGUUGGUGGACAGCCUUCCCAGGGCAAGGCUAAGGGGACAGUCUGAGCCUCCAGCUUCUGCAGCUCAGCAGGUAUGGACAGAUGCCACUCUUGUCCCCAGAGAGCCAGUGACAUCACCAGGAGAAAAGGCAUCCUUCAGCCUUGGGACUUGACAGAAUGAGGAGGGCUGGGGAAGCCAGGAGCUGGGACUUGGUCUUUCCUGACUGCCCCUCUGUCUCACGGGCAGCACUUGACCACUGAGCCAACCAUGGCUGAGAAGGGCGACUGCCUCGCCAGUGUCUACGGGUAUGACCUGGGCGGGCGCUUCGUUGACUUCCGGCCCCUGGGUUUCGGCGUCAACGGGCUGGUGCUGUCGGCCGUGGACAGCAGGGCCCGCCGGAAGGUGGCGGUGAAGAAGAUCACCCUGAGUGAUGCCCGCAGCAGGAAGCAUGCGCUCCGGGAGAUCAAGAUUAUCCAGCGCCUGGACCACGACAACAUCGUGAAGGUGUACGAGGUGCUGGGGCCCCAGGGCACCGACCUGCAGGGCGAGCUGUUCAAGUUCAGCGUGGCCUACAUCGUCCAGGAGUAUAUGGAGACCGACCUGGCGCGCCUGCUGGAGCGGGGCACGCUGACCGAGGAGCACGCCAAGCUGUUCAUGUACCAGCUGCUCCGGGGGCUCAAGUACAUCCACUCCGCCAACGUGCUGCACCGGGACCUGAAGCCCGCCAACAUCUUCAUCAGCACCGAGGACCUAGUGCUCAAGAUUGGGGAUUUCGGGUUGGCGAGGAUCGUCGAUCAGCACUACUCACACAAGGGUUACCUGUCAGAAGGGCUGGUAACGAAGUGGUACCGCUCACCGCGCCUGCUCCUCUCCCCUAACAACUACACCAAAGCCAUCGACAUGUGGGCCGCCGGCUGCAUCCUGGCUGAGAUGCUCACGGGCAGGAUGCUCUUCGCUGGGGCUCAUGAGCUGGAGCAGAUGCAGCUCAUCCUGGAGACCGUCCCCGUGAUCCGGGAGGAGGACAAGGACGAGCUGCUCAAGGUGAUGCCUUCCUUCGUCAGCAGCACCUGGGAGGUGAAGCGGCCGCUGCGCAAGCUGCUCCCGGAAGUGAACAGCGAAGCCAUCGACUUUCUGGAGAAGAUCCUGACCUUUAACCCCAUGGAUCGCCUGACCGCCGAGAUGGGGCUGCAGCACCCCUACAUGAGCCCGUACUCUUGCCCCGAGGACGAGCCCACCUCGCAGCACCCCUUCCGCAUCGAGGAUGAGAUUGACGACAUCCUGCUGAUGGCCGCCAGCCAGAGCCAGCUCUCCAACUGGGACAGGUACCCCGUGAGCCUGUCGUCGGACCUGGAGUGGCGGCCCGACCGAUGCCAGGACGCGAGCGAGGGGCAGCGCGACCCGCGCGCGGGGUCGGCGCCGCUGGCGGAGGACGUGCAGGUGGACCCGCGCAAGGACUCGCAGAGCAGCUCGGAGCGCUUCCUGGAGCAGUCGCACUCGUCCAUGGAGCGCGCCUUCGAGGCCGACCACGGGCGCUCCUGCGACUACAAGGUGGGUUCGCCGUCAUACCUGGACAAGCUGCUGUGGCGCGACAGCAAGCCACACCACUACUCGGAGCCCAAGCUCAUCUUGGACCUGUCGCACUGGAAGCAGGCGGCCGGCGCGCCCCCCGCCGCUGGGGGGGCCGGCGUGGCCGCGGUGACCGCGGAGCCCAGGCCGCGCGACGACGAGCCGGCCAGCCUCUUCCUGGAGAUCGCGCAGUGGGUCAAGAGCACGCAGGGCGGCCCCGAGCGCGGCGCCAGCCCGCCCCGCGACGGCCCCGAACGCCGCCUGUCCCCACCCGGCCGCCCGGCCCCCAUCGACGGGGGCGCCAGCCCGCAGUUCGACCUGGACGUGUUCAUCUCCCGCGCCCUGAAGCUCUGCACCAAGCCCGAGGACCUGCCGGACAAUAAACUGGGCGACCUCAACGGCGCGUGCAUCUCCGAGCACCCCGGCGACCUCGUGCAGACCGAGGCCUUCUCCAAAGAAAGGUGGUGAGGGUGGAGGGGCGCUCCAGGCCGACCCCCUGGAAACCAUCCGGGGAAAGGCGGACCCGGCCGGAGGGGACCGCCCCCCUGGCACCUCCACCAGCCCUUCCGCCCCCUCUCUGCUGCCCUGGGGUUAGCGGAACAGGAAGGAUCCGAGGAGCAAGAGGAAUGUCCAUUUCUUAAACUGCCUUAAUAACUAGCCUUUAACCUCUGGGAGCGUGUUUGAACAGGAGCCUAGUUUGGGGGUUGGGGGGGGGGGGUGGGUUGAUCACUUUCCCAGCAAAGAAGAGGCCCUUGUGCUUUUAUCAUUGGUGGUGCGCAGGGCAGAAAGGUCUUAGCAGUCAGAGGCCCCACCUGGGUGGCUGGGUGGAGAGGAACCUGGCAGAGAGGGUUGGCACUCUCUGGUCCAACACCCUCAGCUGACAGAUGAGAAACACAGUGAGGUCCAGAGAAGCCAAGUGACCUGCUAAUGAGAUCGAGGCCUAGUCUGUGUCAGGGCAAGCCUUGAAUCCCAGUCUCCUGGCCCCCAGGCCAGUGUCUGUCCACUAAACAAUGUCUUCCUCUACUGGGGUCACUCUGGCCUUUUUCUCAGAAAACUUGGUUCAAGACAUUUCUUCCCUGUCCAUUGCCAGCUUACCCAUUCCAUGUGCUUUUACUCAAAGCCAUGUCCUGUGAAUUCUGAAAUUGGACAUUGAGCCAGCUUCUUUCCCCUUGUCACUAAGUGUUGUUUUUUUUUUUUUUUUUUCCUGGCUCCUCAAGUACUGAAUAUUCCCACUUGCCUCACCCCGGUGUGAUCUGAACUCUCGGUUUCAGAUCGGACCAGUUCGGGAUCUGUGGGUAAAACCACCCAUCCUCCCAGGCCUGUGCACACAGCUUUUCCAGAACUUCCUAUGCACUUUGCUGACACAUGCGCAGACACAGUGACACAGCUCUUGUUCCCCAGGGAAUGCCAUACACUGGUGAGUCUGAAGACAGCAAUUCCAAGAAUCCCUGCAGCCUGCCCCGUACCCCUUGUACACACAGCCCCGCUCCAAACCUACCUUGGGAGCUUGUGCUCUCAGCCCAAAUUGCCCCUUUGGAGGAAGGCAGUGAAGUGCCUGCAACAGAGUGGAUAUGCUGGGAGAGCGGCCCUCACACAGAACCCAUUGACCUUUGUUAACUCUGCCCUUGACUUUGACCAUCCAUUUAGCCCCAGCAAACAGCAGGCCAUGAAGAAAUGCACUGGAGAGCAAGGGGCCUUGGGGACAAGGAAUCCAGAAAGGCAGGAAGGUCUGCAAAGUGGGGUGCCAACAUCGAGGGCCCUCAGGGGUCAGGUACCAGCAUGAGGACCCCACGGCAAAAGAAAGGACUGGAGACCACCAUGUCCUCCAUAGCUUAGGCCAGGAUGAAUUUGGGGCACGCCACACCAGAGAUGCACUCGUUCACAGAGCCUCAGGGGACAGCGUGUAGCAUGGCAGGCCCUCUGCAGAGGCAUGGAGCCCGGUCCUCGGCAAACGCUCUUCCGUUUCCACCACUGGCGUUCAGCUCCCCCCAGAGAUGCCCAUAGGAGCCGGUCUGUAAACAGAGGAUCCCCCAGUGUUGAUCAUAGGCUGUGUUCACCCUCACCUCAACAGCACCUUAAAUCUAAUCAGCUAACUAGGAUCUGUACCUUGAAACCUGCAACACAUUAGAAACUUAUAUUUAAAAACAAUUAACCAUAGUGACCAAUUUUUACCUGGGAAAUAUGUAAAUAUGAAGUGUUGGGGUUUCUUUGUUGUUUUUCUUUUUUUUUUAAGAAAAGGAAACGUACACCGCUCUCAUGUGCCAUUUGUCCUCAGAGGGCGGCUUUACUUUUUUGGUAAAGGAACAAGCUGCUGAUCUUGACAAGGAGUUCAUAUAUAAUUGUUAUUACAGAGGAAUUGCUAUUACUCAUGUUUUAAAAAUAUCUAUUAAACAUUAUUAAACUUGAUCGGGAUGGGCCAAAUAAAGUUUUAUUGGAACAUAGA